CCCGCCCCCUGGGCGCCCAGUCCUGCUCCUGCCGCCCGCCCGCCGGCUGCGCGCUGCACCGGACCCUGGCGUCUCGCUCCCCACGGCCGGGACCCCGAGUCGCGGACCCGCGAUGGCCAAGCGCAGCUCGCUGUCCAUCCGCAUCGUGGAAGGGAAGAACCUGCCCGCCAAGGACAUCAACGGCAGCAGUGACCCCUAUUGCAUCGUGAAGGUGGACAAUGAGCCCAUCAUCAGGACAGCCACCGUGUGGAAAACCCUGUGCCCCUUCUGGGGCGAGGAGUAUCAGGUGCACCUGCCGCCCACCUUCCAUGCGGUGGCCUUCUAUGUCAUGGACGAGGAUGCCCUCAGUCGGGAUGACGUUAUCGGGAAGGUCUGCCUCACCAAGGACGCCCUGGCUGCCCACCCGAAAGGUUUCAGUGGAUGGGCCCACCUGACGGAGGUCGACCCUGACGAGGAGGUGCAGGGCGAGAUCCACCUGCGGCUGGAGCUGGUGCCGGGGGCCCGCGCCGGCCGGCUGCGCUGCUCCGUGCUGGAGGCCAGGGACCUGGCCCCCAAGGACCGGAAUGGCGCGUCUGACCCCUUUGUCCGUGUGCGCUACAAUGGCCGGACACAGGAGACCUCGGUUGUGAAGAAAUCGUGCUACCCACGCUGGAACGAGACAUUCGAGUUCGAGCUGGAGGAGGGGGCGCCAGAGGCACUGUGCGUGGAGGCCUGGGACUGGGACCUGGUCAGCCGCAAUGACUUCCUGGGCAAGGUGGUGGUCAACGUCCAGAGCCUGCGGGCGGCCCAGCAGGAGGAGGGCUGGUUCCAGCUGCAGCCCGACCUGUCCAAGAGGCAGAGGGAAGCGGCCAACCUGGGCUCCUUACAGCUGGAGGUGCGGCUUCGAGACGAGACGGUGCUGCCCUCUAGCUGCUACCAGCCCCUGGUGCAGCUGCUGUGCCGAGAGGUGACGCUGGGCACCCAGGGCCCAGCACAGCUGAUCCCGCUCAUCGAGGAGAUGACCAGCACCGAGUGCCGCCAGGAAGUAGCCACCAACCUGCUCAAGCUCUUCCUGGGGCAGGGCCUCGCCAAAGGCUUUCUGGACCUGCUCUUCCAGCUGGAGCUGAGCCGCACCACUGAGGCCAACACCCUGUUCCGGAGCAACUCUCUGGCCACCAAGUCCAUGGAGUCUUUUCUGAAGGUGGCUGGGAUGCGGUAUCUGCACAGCAUCCUGGGCCCCAUCAUCGACAGGGUAUUUGAGGAGAAGAAGUACGUGGAGCUGGACCCCAGUAAAGUGGAGGUCAAGGAUGUAGGGUGCUCGGGGCUGCACCGCCCACAGACUGAGGCUGAGGUGCUACAGCAGAGCGCACAGACGCUGCGCGCCCACCUGGGGGCGCUGCUGAGCGCGCUCUGUCGCUCCGUCCAAGCCUGCCCCGCCGUGGUCCGUGCCACCUUCCGCCAGCUCUUCCUGCGUGUGCGGGAGCGAUUCCCCGGCGCCCAGCACGAGAACGUGCCAUUCAUCGCUGUCACCAGCUUCCUGUGCCUGCGCUUCGUCUCUCCCGCCAUCAUGGCACCCAAGCUCUUCCACCUGCGGGAGCGGCACGCAGACGCCCGCACCAGCCGCACGCUGCUGCUGCUGGCCAAGGCCAUCCAGAAUGUGGGCAACAUGGACACGCCGGCUUCCAGGGCCAAGGAGGCUUGGAUGGAGCCGCUGCAGCCCACUGUGCGCCAGGGCGUGGCCCAGCUGAAGGACUUCAUCACCAAGCUGGUGGACAUCCAGGAGAAGGAAGAACUGGACCUGCAGAGGGCGCUAAGUCUGCAGAUGCCGCCAGUGAAGGAGGGGCCGCUCUUCAUCCACAGGACCAAGGGCAAGGGCCCCCUCAUGUCCUCCUCCUUCAAGAAGCUCCACUUCUCGCUCACCACGGAGGCCCUCAGCUUUGCCAAGACACCCGGCUCCAAGAAAAGUGCCCUGAUCAAGCUGGCCAACCUCCGGGCGGCAGAAAAGGUGGAGGAGAAGAGCUUUGGCAGCUCACACGUCAUGCAGGUCAUCUACACGGACGACACAGGCAGGCCUCAGACCGCCUACCUGCAAUGCAAGUGUGUGAACGAGCUGAACCAGUGGCUGUCGGCCCUGCGGAAGGUGAGCAUCAACAACACGGGCCUGCUGGGCUCCUAUCACCCUGGCGUCUUCCGCGGGGACAAGUGGAGCUGCUGCCACCAGAAGGACAGGACAGGUCUGGGCUGUGAUAAGACCCGGUCACGGGUGACCCUGCAGGAAUGGAAUGACCCUCUGGACCAUGACCUGGAGGCCCAACUCAUCUACCGGCACCUGCUGGGCAUGGAGGCGGCACUGCGAAUAAGGCCUGACCGGCCCCUCCUUGCAUCUAUGCUGUGGCUCUCCCUGUCCGAGCUUCGCACAUCUUCCAUCCUAGGGAGGACAUAGGAGCCUCCUACUUGGCCAUUCUGCCUUUGCUCCUGCCUGGCUAGGAUCUCUUCUCCACAUGGCCCCCAGAGUGAUCUUCUCAAACAUAAAACAGGUCACACCACUCCCCCGCUUCACACCCCCACUGGCUUUCUACAUCCUUACAAUCCAGGGUUUGUCCUGGCUGCAGUGCCCAAGUGCCCUGGCUGAUCUGCUUCUAAGCCUCAUCCACCAUCAGGCCCUCUGGGCUAAGCUUGCUGACGCUGUCCUUGCCAUCUUGCUGGCUCUGGGCCUCUCCACCACAGGACCUUUGCACAUGCUGUGUCUUUGCCUGAAGGCUCUUCCCCAGCUAAUUCACAUGGCUUAUUCCCUCACCUGAUUGGGGCCUCUGCUCAAAUGCCACCUGUCAGAGAUGCCUUCCCUGACCACCGUUAUUCUACUAGAACAUAAUGGAACUCAUCAGCACGUUCCUGUCCUGAUGUUUACUCAUGUCCUGCCCGUCGCAGUUACACUGAGCUUGUUGAGGGCAGCCUGUGGUAUUCAUCGCUCUAGUGCCAGUACUGAGAACAGAGCCUUUUGCGUUUCAGCCCCACCAUACAUGUGAAUAAGAACACGAGGGGAGGAGCGAGGGAAUGACGGCUGAGCUGGUCUGUGAGGCUUGGAGGGUCUCGUAGGGAGUGAAGCAGGGAAGGGCAUUCUGGGCAGUGGGGGCAGCGUGGGCCAAGGCCAAGGCGAUGCCCUGAGAGGAGCAGGAGAGCAGGUGCCUGAGGAGGAGGAAGCCUGUUAGAACUUGGCAGAGGGAAACAUCUCUCCCAAAAUAGACCGGGGAGCCGCCAUGAGGGCCGGGCCAGAGAAUUCCUAAGUAAGGAACUUCUAAGUAUGGGGUCCAUGCGGCCGCUCGCCCCCCCCCCCCCCCCUCCGCGUAGGCACACAGAGGAACACACUUGACGGGACUGGGGACAACCGGUUAGGACCGAUGCUUACAUGUCACGGUCUCCGUGUCAGUUAACUCGUUCCAUGGCCAGUGAAUACUGGAGGGAUUUCAGGCGCCAACUGGCUCUUUUCCCACGGGCCCUCCCAAUCAGGAGCGACGUGGUGGAACUAGGUUUCCAAAGUGCCUUCUGCGGAGGCGCAGGGGGGAGGGUGGGGACCAGAGGAGGAGGCUGGAAGAGGGGAGGCAGGAGGUGACCAGGGGCCAAGACCUGGGCCCAGGUUCCUUCCCUUAGAUUGAAAGAGCCGGCCCCUAUGGCUUAGGAGGCCCGCCCUGGGUCACCCAG